UUCCUAGACUCCACUGAGGUAACACAUUCGGUCCAAAUUGAUGUUACUUGGUUUGAAGUUACAUUUACAUUUACAUUUAUUCAUUUAGCAGAUGCUUUUAUCCAAAGCGACUUACAAAUGAGGAAAUACAAGCAAAGCGAUAUAUCAAGCAGAGAACAAUACAAGUAGUGCUACCAUAUAGGAUCCAUUAAUUGAGUUCCAGAAGAAGCCAAGUGCGCAGAGUAGAGGUGUUAAGUGCCAGAGUAAUUUAUUUUUAUUUUUAUUUUUUUAUGGGUUGGUUAGGUCUUUAGCUGUUUUUUUGAAGAUGGUGAGAGAUUCUGCGGUGCGGACUGAGGUUGGAAGUUCAUUCCACCACUGAGGAACAGUUAGUUUGAAUGUUCUUGAAAGGGACCUUGAGCCACGCUGAGUAGGCAGAACUAAGCGUCGGUCGUGGAUUGAUCACAGAUUGCAUGAGGGAACGUAAACCUUCAGGAGAGAGUUGAGGUAGGAGGGUGCUGUUCCAGACAAGGUCUUGUAGGUGAGCAUCAAGGCCUUGAAUUUGAUACAGGUGGCUACAGGAAGCCAGUGGAGGGAGAUGAAGAGGGGUGUGACAUGGGUUCUCUUGGGCUGGUUGAAGACAAGGCAUGCUGCUGCAUUCUGAAUUAUCUGGAGGGGUUUGAUGGAGCUAGUAGUAGUGAGAGUAGUGAGUUGCAGUAGUCCAGUUUUGAGAUAACAAGAGCCUGCACUAGUAGUUGUGUAGCCUGUUCGGUGAGAUAGGGUCUGAUUUUCUUGAUGUUGUACAGGAUGAACCUACAGGACCAUGCAGUUGUUGAGAUGUGGUCUGUAAAGGUCAAGCUGUCAUCGAGAAUCACUCCAAGGUUCCUGGCCGUCCUGGUUGGCUUGAAUGUGGUUGAGCCGAGCUGUACAGUGAGGUUGUGGUUGAGUGAGGGACAGGCUGGGAUAACGAGAAGCUCAGAUUUUGCCAGGUUGAGCUUAAGGUGGUGUUCCCUCAUCCAGACUGAGAUGUCCGACAGGCAAGCAGAGAUACGUGCACAGACGGAUGGAUCGUCAGGCUGGAAGGACAAAUAGAGCUGGGUGUCAUCAGCAUAGCAAUGAUAUGAGAAGCCAUGAGACUCAAUCACCUGCCCCAGAGAUGUAGUGUAGAUAGAAAAGAGCAGUGAACCCAGAAAUGACCCCUGUGGAACGCCAGUUGUGAGUUGCUGAGUUUCAGAAAUACCUCCCCUCCAUGAUACCUUGAAGGAUCUGUCUGAGAGAUAGGAUUCCACCCGGCGCAGAGCUGUUCCGGUGAUGCCCAGGCUGGAGAGAGUUGACAGGAGGAUCUGAUGGUUCACAGUGUCGAAAGCAGCAGAGAGGUCGAGUAGGAUGAGGACAGAUGAUCUAGAGGUUGCUCUUGCUAGUCGUAAGGCUUCAGUGACGGAAAGCAGAGCAGUCUCCGUGGAGUGAUUGCUCUUGAAGCCAGACUGCUUGGUGUCCAGGAGGUUGUUCUGUGUGAGAAAAUUUGAGAGUUGAUUAAAAACGGCUCUUUCAAGAGUUUUGGAAAGAAAAGGGAGGAGGGAAACAGGUCUGUAGCUGUCAACCGUAGCAGGGUUAAGUCAUGUUUUUUUAAUCAGUGGGGUAACCCAGGCCUGCUUAAUUGAGGUAUUUAUUUAAAGAUGUGUGUGAGUGCAGGUAAUAGUGUGGGGGAGAUGGACUGAAGAAGGUGAGAAGGGAUAGGGUCAAGAGGACAGGUUGUGGGAUGGCUAGAGAGGAGGAGUUUAGAGACAUCAGUCUCUGAGAGAGGAGAGAAGGAAGUCAGUUGGGAGUUACAUGGAGGAGGAGCCGGUCUAUGCGUGUCUGGGGUUGAGAACUGGUUCCUGAUUGAUGUAACCUUGUUGGCAAAAAGAAAGUGGCAAAGUCAUCUGCAGUGAGAGAGGUAGGGGAAGGGGAAGGAGGGGGACAGAGAAGAGAAGAAAAGGUUUUGAAGAGAGUGCGGGUGUUGGGAGAACUGCCAAGAAUCUUCUCUUGGUAGUAUGUGGCUUAGGGUUAGGGUUAGGGUUAGAUGCUAUUGGAAAAAGAGGAAAGAAGUGUUUGGUAAUUGGUUAGGUCAGUUGGAUUAUUAGAUUUACGCCAUUUCUUUUCAGAUGCUCUUAGUUUGGCCCGGUUGUUACGCAGAGCUUCUGAGAUCCAAGGGCUAGAGGGUGAUGUGCGAGCAGGUCUGGAGGUUAGGGGGCAGAUGCUGUCAAGAGAAGAUGUUAGGGUGGAACAUAGCAUGUCAGUUGCGGUGUUUAAGUCAAGUGAGGAGAGGUGGCUAUCAGAGGGAAAUAGGGUUGUGACAAUGGAGGAGAAGUGUGAUGGGGAAAGGGAGCGAAGAUUGCGAUGAAAAGAGAUAGAGGGUGGAGAUAAAGAAAAUAAAGAAAUGGUCAGAUUUGUGUGGAGAGAAGAUUGUGUGUGGUGCAAUUACGUUGUUAUUGAGUUUAGGCUCCAUGCUCCCCCAUGACCCUGUGUAGGAUAAGUGGUAUGGAAAAUGGAUGGAUGGAUGGAAGUUACUGAGGUUUCAAAUUAACUCAAUUAUUAAAAAAUAAUAAUAAUCUGACUAAAUAAUAUGAUUUAAAAAAUAUCUGACCCCCUUCACAGAACCCUGGACCCCACUGUGAGAACCGCUGAUCUAGUAGAACCCUGUAUAUUCACGGUCUUAGAAGAAGAAAAAAGUUUAAAUGCAAUUACCACAUACAAUUCUGCACUCAGGUCUCCGUUAGUGAACAGUGGACUAGUUCAAAAACAGACGUCAUAUAAAAACAAUAAUGAACUUUCCUUUACUUUCAACUUAUCCGUUGUGACCCAGAUGAGGACGGGUUCCCUUCUGAGUCUGGUUCCACUCAAGGUUUCUUCUUCAUAUCAUCUUAGGGAGUUUUUCCCUCACCACUGUCAUCACCGGCUCGCUCAAUAGGGAUAAAUUCACACACUUAAAAUCUGUAGACUGUCCUUAUAUGUUUCUGUAAAGCUGCUUUGAGACAAUGUCCAUUGUUAAAAGUGCUAUACAAAUAAAAUUGAAUUGAAUUGAAUUACAUUUUCACUCAGUUGCUCAUUUUGCUCUAUUGCUUUAUUUUAUAAUCUUUAUUUUAUAUAAUGGUAAAAAUUUUAUACAGCAUUGUCCAAACGUGACCUAAUAUAUAAUAGUGUUAUAUAUGGAUAAAAGAAUUAAUUCUAGCAAGUGAACAAGUCUCAUAUUCAUGGAAAAUCUUAUCCGAUUAUAGCACGUGACUGAGCUCAGUAACAGGUUUAAUGAACGAUUAAAGUGUUAAAUAAUUUUCUUUUCCUUUAUCCAUUGUGGUAAUGUUUGACGCUUGAUUUGCUGCUCCAAGGGGCGUGGUGCGCACUCCUAAGCUCAUUGGUCCAAAUCCCGGAAGUGCACCAGUCUCGCGUCCAAUAUAAUCAACAAGUGAGAUCUCGUUGAAAUUUUGAUUUCGUUUGGAAAGGGCGACAUGGAAGCUAAUAAUACUUCAAAUGUAGCUUCGUCAGAGACGAAAGACCUCGGCAGGGCUCUUUGCAUCAUAACAGGAGCGUCCAAAGGUUUCGGAAGAUGUCUUGCUAAAGAAAUAUCAGCGCUCCUAAAACCGGGCUCGGUGCUCGUCCUGGUUGCCAGAUCUGAAGAUAAGCUGCGGGAACUGCAGGAGGAUUUAUCCUCGGGUAGAGACGGUCUGGUUAUCCGCUGUGUGGUUGCAGAUCUGGGGCAGAAAGAUGGAGUGGAAAGCGUUAUAAAAGAACUCAGAGAGACACCAAGCUCUGAUAUCAACAGCCUCUACCUGUUUAAUAACGCAGCUUCACUGGGCGAUGUUUCACGCUACUUCCGAAGCUUCACUGACAUGGACGAAGUUGACCGGUAUCUGUCGAUGAAUGUGAGCUCAGCGCUGUGUUUGACUGCUGGGAUCCUGAAGGCAUUUCCAGCUCACGUGGGUCUGCGCCGCUGUGUGGUGCAUGUGAGCUCUCUCUGUGCUCUGCAGCCUUUUCCCUCCUGGGUGCUCUACUGCACGGGUAAAGCGGCACGCAACAUGAUGUUCCGCGUGCUGGCCAAGGAAGAGUCUGAGCUCAGGGUUCUCAACUAUGCUCCAGGCCCUCUGGACACAGAAAUGCAUGUCCAUGCUCGAUCUAACACAGCGGACGACAAUAUUAGAUCGGCUAUUACGGCAAUGCACUCUGAGGGCCGCCUGCUGACCUGCGAAGAGUCCGUGGGGAAGCUGAUCAAGGUCCUGUUAAAGGACGACUAUGAAUCUGGAGCUCAUCUAGACUUUUAUGAUUUGUAAUAAAUAUAGGACACUGAUCAGCCAUAGCAUUAAAGCCACCUGCCUAAUAUUGUACGGCCAAAACAGCUCUUCGAAGAAUGGACUCAAUGGACACAAGACCUGUGAAGGUGUUUAAAUAGGUGGCACGUGUCAGAGUAACACCCAAGGUAUCUCAGUAGAACAUUGCCCAGAGCAUCACACUCCCUCCACCAGCUUGCCUUCUUUGGGCACUCUGACCAGUCUACGGCUACACAGCCCCAUACGCAGCAAGUUGCGAUGCACUGUGUUCUGACACCUUUCUAUCACAAGUUUCCAUCCACUUUUUGCGCAUUUCUGUCAUCGACAACGUGAAUGUGCGUAAAAAAAAAACAACAACAUUUGCGAUAUUUGCUGUCUCCCACCAGUUUCCAUCCAGUUGGCCUUUUACAGAUAAAAUGGUGUGAGUGAUGACGUAAUCCUUAAAAAAAAAAAAAAGACAAAUUGUCGCAUAAGUUUUGAUGUAUCGCAAAAGAAAUCUGCCCUUGAGCCGUUUCCAUGCAUGACUUUGUGUUCAUCGCAAGUUGUGCACCUUUUGCGUCUCGCAUGUCCUCAGAUCUUUGUAAAAUGGAGAGAGUGUUGAGACAAUUUGUUGAAAUUGAUCAUCUUACUUUCAUUUUAAUUUCACAAAUAAUUGCAGUUGUACGAAAUAAUCAGAGGACGAGGUCAUCAUUAACAUUUUCAGCAGUUUGUGGAACAGUAGCACUUCUGUUAGACCGGACCGGACAUCCACAGGACCUGCCGUUUUGGAGAUGCUCUGACCCAGUCGUCCAGCCAUCACAAUUUGGCCCUUAUCGAAGUCGCUCGGAUCCUUACGCUUGCCCAUUUUUCUUGCUUCCAACACAUCAACUUCAAGAACUGACUGUUCACUUGCUGCCUAAUAUAUCCCACCCCAUACAGGUGCCAUUGUAACGAGAUAAUCAACCUUAUUCCCUUCACAUGUCAGUGGUUUUAAUGUUAUGGCUAAUCGGUGUACAUAAUAUAAUACCCACUCUUACAGUAGGAAAUAUGUUGGUCAAAUUGGUUCGCUAGCAAAGUAAAAAGCUACUGCUGUGUGGAGGAGGUGCCAGUUAUUAUACAAAUCUAUUUUUUGGUGUUGAUCCGAACAAAUGGCUAAGUAGAUUUAUUUAUUUUUUUUUUAAUUAUUUUUUUU